AUGCAAGUAUAUCAGGGCCUUGAUAUCAUAACGAAUAAGCAUCCACCUCUAGAGAGAAAGGGCAUAAAACAUCAUGUAAUGGAUCAUGUUAGCUGGACAGAAAACUAUUUCAUACAUCGAUUUGCAAGAGAGGCUAAUGCGGCAAUCGAGGAUAUUCAUAGCAGAGGUAAGAUACCUAUUAUUAUCGGAGGAACACACUAUUACUUACAGAAUCUAUUGUUCAAUAAUAAAACAAUUGAAUCACAAGAAAAGACCAGGAGCUUGAAACUGUUGACGAGUGAGGAACGCCAGUUGUUAGAGGGGCCAGUUGAGGACAUAUUUAGUAGACUUAAAGAGAUAGACCCAAUCAUUGCAGAAAAAUUCCACCCUCAAGAUAAGCGCAAACUCAAAAGAGCACUUGAAGUUUAUUUAUCAACGGGAAGAAAACCUUCUGAAAUCUACCAUGAUCAGAAACUUCAAGAGCUAGAAGAUUCCUCUUUGAAGUAUAACACAUUAUUGUUCUGGAUAUAUUGUGAGCCAGAAACCUUGAAGCCGAGAUUGGACGACAGAGUAGAGCAAAUGAUGAGUAACGGAGCAAUUGAUGAAAUCAAGAACCUUUACAGUGUCUACAAAGCACAGAAUCCACCUCCUGACUGCACGAGCGGAAUCUGGCAAGUCAUAGGCUUUAAGGAAUUUUUGCCGUGGCUCCUAAAUCCAGAAACGAGACUCUGCGAAGAAGGUAAGGAAAGAAUGAAAAUUAGAACUAGACAAUAUGCCAAGUAUCAAGUCAAGUGGAUCAAGAAACUAUUGGCUGUAGAGUUGCAGAAGGAAGCCCGCUUUAACUACAUGUACGGUGGAAAGCUUUACAUGUUAGAUGCAACGAAUUUGUCCAAAUGGGACGAUCAAGUUAAACAGGUCGGUUUUAGUAUUUCCAAUCAAUUUUUAGAGGGUGGCCCGCAAAAUGUCGCGUUCCCUCAAGUGCCUGAAUGGCUACAACCUUAUUUUCCAAGCGACGACUUUUUAACAAAUUUUAAUAGUAACAAACGAUUGAACUCAGUGCAAAAUUGGAGACAUUUUGAAUGUCCGGUUUGCCGAGAUCGGAACGGUACUCCGAUGGUAGCUGUCGGCCAAGAAAGUUGGCAGAUUCACUUGAACAGCCGAAGGCAUAGAAGACAGAUCGCUGCAAACACUCAGAACCUCAUGCGCAAAAGGGAUGACGACAAGGGAUGUACAAGAACAGUUUAA